AUGUCUCUUCCACCUAAUUCCCCAGGCUCAGAUUCUCCAGACCCCGCGCGUGAAAAUCUUCUGUCGCCGACUUCAGCAUCGCAUCCAUUACCACCUAGACCAUCCAGCAGUCUUGCUUCGCCAGCGAAUGCUCAGCAGACGCCUACAGGUACCCCGCUGCAGUCAGUGCAGCCUCGCACGAGAGGUGGCUUCGAAGUUGACGCCGAUGACGACGAUGAAGAUGAAGAACAAGAGGAUGGCAAGGACGAGGUCGAUGUCUAUGAUCCAGCUGCAGGCCUAGACCUCGAUGACCCAAUCCCUGCCCCUGUUCAGAAUCCCCUUGAUAGACAGUCCAAAUCGCCUUCCCAAGAAAAUGGAAUCACUCCCGUUCCUGCUCAACCUACGGGCAGCCCUACCGGUGUUUCUUCCUCUCUUCUUCCAUCUGGCUCUGGCAUUCCUUCUGCCAUCGCGGAGACUCCUGCCCCAGCUGUUGUUGACGCUCAAGCGCAACCUUCUGAACAUUACAGUGUGAAUGGUCCACUUUCUUCAGCUGCAUCUAAGACGCGACUUGCUCAUGAUACCAUCGGUAUUCUGGAAGACCGCAUCAAGGAUGAUCCUCGUGGUGACCCCGAUGCCUAUCUUGAAUUGAUCAAUGAGUACAAGAGCCGAAAUAAGCAAGAAGACGUCAAACAGGCGUACGAGAAAUACCUUGAAGUCUUCCCACUCGAUGCUGAAAUAUGGCGCUCUUAUGUGCAAUGGGAGGAAGAUCACGAUCGCAGAAAUUCUAUGGCUGGCAUUUUCGACAAGUCUCUUUUGAAAGUGCUGAAUGUUGAUCUUUGGAUGAUGUACAUCAACUACGUCCGCCGACGAUACAGCCUCCAGAGCGGGGAUGUCCAAGGCAAUUACAAAAUCAUCAAUGAAGUUUUCAACUUUGCGCUGAAAACCAUUGGUAUCGACAAGGACGCAGGCAAGGUUUGGCAAGACUAUAUUGCAUUCCUCAAAUCCGGACCAGGAACUCUGGGCGGCACCACCUGGCAGGAUGGCGCGAAGGCCGACCAGGUUCGCGCUGCGUAUCGGCAAGCCAUUGCCAUUCCCACUGAGGCUGUCACCCAGCUAUGGCGAGACUACGACAAUUUUGAGACCGGUCUCAGCAAGAUCAACGGCCGCAAGCACCUGCAGGAAAUGUCUGCCACAUAUAUGACCGCUCGACAAGCCCAUGUCCAACUUAGCAAUAUUACCACCGGCUUGAAGCGUUCUACUCGGCCCCGACUCCCUCCUGCAAUUGGAUAUCAAGGCGACGAUGCAUUCUCUCGUCAGAUCAGUCUAUGGGAGGACUGGAUUCAAUGGGAGAAGGAAGACCCGUUAGUGCUCAAAGAUGAAGACGUGGGUGCGUACAGAAAUCGUGUUAUCUAUGCCUACAAGCAGGCGUUGAUGGCCUUACAAUUCUGGCCAGACAUGUGGUACUCGGCUGCCGAGUUCUGCUUUGCGAAUGCUAGUGGCAACGAAGAUGCGAUGAACAAAGAAGCCACUUCUUUCCUCGAGAGAGGCAUCAGUGCGAAUCCCGAAUCGCCCCUGCUCGCUUUCAAAUACGCAGAUCGCCUUGAGACCACAACUCAAACUGAUGAAACUUCCGACCCUGGCGCAAAGGACCGCAUUAGAAAAGUACGACAGCCUUUAGACAACGUGGUCGAAGCCUUGUAUGCCCUCUACAAGAAAGGUGCUCAGCAAGAGCAACAAGAAAUUCAGGAACUUGAGCUAGAUUCUGAGACUUCUAACGGCAAUGGUGCGGACGAUGAAGUUAAUGCUGCGAAUGUUGCAUCUAAAAAGGCCGUUCUUGAUGCUCGGAUCGACAUCGUCAAGAAAGCUGCGCAGACUGAAUUGGAGUUACUAACCAAGCUGAUCUCACACGUCUGGAUUGCGAUCGCCCGUGUCACCCGAAGAAUCCAAGGGAAAGGAGAUGCUCACAGUGGGUUCCGCGGCGUCUUCAACGAGGCUCGGAAGAAGGGCAAACUCACCAGCGUCUUUUACGUUGAAUGUGCUGCCAUUGAGUGGCAGUGCUACCAGGAUAAGACAAGCACACGCCUUCUGGAACGUGGCAUGAAACUCUUCCCCGAGGAUGGCUACCUACCUUUGAAGUACAUCAAGCACCUUUUCGAGAUCAACGAUGUGACCAAUGCGCGUGGAGUCUUCGAGACCAGCGUAACGCGGUUAUCAGCCGCUGGGCACAAGGACAAAACCAAGCCGCUUUUCAAGUACCUCCACGAAUACGAGUCCAGGUUCGGCGAGCUAUCUCAAGUUCAGCGACUGGAGCAACGCAUGAAGGAGCUGUUCCCUGAAGACCCGCAGUUGGCCGUUUUCGCGGAUCGCUACGCGACCGACAGCUUUGAUCCCAUCCACGUCUUCCCAAUCAUCUCCAAACGGCAGCAGAUGAGAUCCAAGACCGAUGAGCCUCUGCCGUCCAUUGAGGCUGAAGCUUCUGGAUCUCCCACCCAGAACGUCAUCGAUUCGAUUGCAAUCAACUCCCCCAAACGGCCAUUGCCUGACGACUUUGAAGAUGGCGGGGUUCGGAAGCUGGCACGUGGGGAGUCACCUCUCAAGGGUGCGGCUGGUCGGAGGAUGAACCAGCAACGCCAGGCUAAUGGAUCGUCGAUCAGUAGCCUCCCAGCUCCCUUGCCGCCUCCACUCCCGCCUCAGAUUCAUUAUCUGCUCAGUAUCCUGCCAAAGGCUCACUUCUAUACGGACGCCCGGUUCGAUGCAGCAAAGAUGAUCAAUCUGAUUCGCGAUGUUCACCUUCCGCCGCCGGGAUCAUUGCCAGCACAGCCUACCCCACAACCGCCACCUCAGUCUGCCUGGCCUCACCAGUCACAGGGGCAGGCGCUGCACUAUCCGCAGCCGCCCAUGCCCGGACCGGGGUAUAUGCAGCCUCCGACUCCGACCCAUAGCCAGUAUGGUGGAGGUGAGUUCAAAUCCUGA